UCAGCUUCCAAACAAUACUUUGAAAAGUAUCCUGGAGACCAUGAACUCCUUUGGGAAGUUGAAGGUGUUGGACAUUGGUACCAGCGAAUACCAGUUACCAGAGCAUUACAGAGAGAAACACUUAAAAUUACAGCAGUUUCUCAACAUGAAGCCAAAAGACCUGUGUCAGGAGAAUGUGGUCUUGCAGCUGUUCCAGAAUAUGAGCUGGGUGCCGAAGACAAUCAGUCUAGUGAGAUGCAGCUAACUAUUGAUUCUCUAAAAGAUGCCUUUGCAAGUACUUCUGAAGGUCAUGAAAAAACACCUGUUUCCACUCGUACUCGAAGCAGUCAUUUAAAGCGACCAAAGAUUGGAAAGCGGUUUCAGGAUUCUGAAUUUAGUAGUUCUCAAGGUGAAGAUGAAAAAACUGCCCAGACAUUACCUAUGGCUUCAAUAAACAAAUUGGAAUCUACUGCACGCACAUCAGAGAGUUCAGAAGAAUUCCUGGAAGAAGAACCUGAGCAGAGAGUCACUGAAUUCAAGGAUGAAAAUAGUGACAGAGAUGCACAUCCUAUACUAGAAACACAAUCAUGCCUGGAGACACAAGAUGGUGAAAAAGACUCUGAAUUAGAGCCUGUGAAUGGUGAAAUAAUGGAUGAUACUCUUAAGACUUCACUUGUACCCGAAGAGGAGGACUCCACUAGUGAAGGUGCGGAAGAAGAAUUAAAAGUGCAGUCCUUUAAUUCCAGUGAAGAUGCAACAAAUCUUGUCCCACUAGGGACAGAAUCUUCAAAGCCCUCUGAGACUGUUCAACUGGAUAAGACCCCACAUAUAACUGACUCAGAAAUGUUGGUAGAUCAAAGCCCAUCUGAUGACAAGGGGCACACUGAAGAGAAACUGUCCCUAGUUUCAAGAAAGAAAGCGCAUUUGGGAAGUUCAGACAGUGUUGCCACUAUCUCAAAUGAAGAACGCUCUGACAGUGCUUUUCCAAACUCUGUGGUAGCAGAAUUUGCUGAAGAACCAGUCUCUGAGAACUUAUCACCCCACACUACUUCCUCAUUGGAAGACCAGGGUGAAGAGGGGGUGCCUGAGUCCCAGGAAACGUCUACUGCUCUUCCUCAGAAUUCUCUAAUAGAGGUGGAACUUGAGGAUGUGCCAUUUUCACAGAACACAGGACAGAAGAACCAGUCAGAGGAGCAGUCCGAAGCGUCCUCUGAGCAACUGGAUCAGUUUACACAAUCAGCAGAAAAGGCUGUGGAUAGCAGUUCAGAGGAGAUAGAAGUGGAAGUGCCUGUAGUGGACAGGCGGAAUUUAAGAAGAAAGGCCAAGGGGCAUAAAGGACCUGCCAAGAAGAAAGCCAAGAUGACCUGAAUGAAGAAGAUAUGCGUAUGAUAAAUCUUCUUCUUUGUAACAGAAUUGUUUUUAAAACAUGGCAAUUAAUAAACAAUACGGGGCAUAGGACAGACAUUUCCAAAAUUUGAACUUAACAUGCAGUUUUUCUUUUUCCUUUAGGAACUAGGAUUCACUAUUGUUUUUAAUUUUUCAGUGUAAAUAAUAAUUUUUUUAUUUUUAUUAGCCAUGUUUGAAUUUUGAGACUCCAGAUCAUAUUAUAUUUUUCUUUAGUAGGUGGACAUCUGACCAUAUUUCAAAAACUAUAAAUUAAAAAACUGAAAGUAGUA